AUGCCUUUGAUGGAUAUAGGCAACCCUGCAGUGAUCAUAUUCCUUAAAGAGAAUUAUGACAAAGAAAAUCGUUUACGUUUGAACUGGAUCAACAAACAUCGCCAAGCUGUCGAGCAUGCGGCGACCUUAAACAGAGAACCUACUGGCUACUACGAAACUGAUGUGAUGGCGCAUAAUAUGAAGGGAGGUAUGGCUACCAUUACAAGGGACCAUGUAGUCGCUGGUUAUAACAGAAGAAAAACGCCGAUACGCGACGGUACUUCAAUACCUGGUAUAGCUAAAUUAAGAGAAGGCCAUUCUAUUACCAAAGUUAAGCUCGGUGAUCCGAAAGAGGAUCCACGACUGAUGCGGCCUCCUACAGAUUUAAGCUGGGACCCCAUUAUGAGGCCAAUAAACCCAGAAUUAAAGGAGGUCAUAUACAAACCGAAGCCAGAUUUUGGAAGGGUCGAGUAUUUAAAGAGGCGUACGAAAACGCGCCCAGAGAGUAAAUAUUAUUUCUCGGAAUGCAGUAACUGGGAUUACGGUUGGCGAAUGGGCGAUUCUGCGCUACGUCAGAGGCCGAUGUAUGGAAGAUCUUUUCACCUUACUAGAACUUUAAGGACUCGUGUUGGUCCGCAGCCUGAUCCAUCGUAUUAUAAGUCUUCGGAUUUACCGGGACCUUCCAAAUGUCUCCCAAUUUAAUUGUACCAUGUUUUGAAUAUGUUUUAGCUUUAUAGAAUUUACUUUUAGUGUUGUUUUAGUUUUUCUAGGUUUACUUUUGCCUUAAUAAGGCUUUUAUUAAUUAAGGCUUUAUAUUUUGUGGUUUUUAUUUUAAAAUACAAAACAUUAUAUAACAAUCUGUUUAUUUUUUAAACCGACUUCAAAAAGUAAUGUAUUCAAAGGAUAGGAAUACGGUGAUAGAAAUAAUAAGUCACGAUCUGUAACGAUAAGAGAAAUCAUCGUUUACGAAUCGAAGAAAAUCUGUACUAAUAAUAAAGCUGAAUAGUUUGUUUGUUUAGUUGAACUCUCUAAUCUCAAACAUUACUGGUUCGAACUGGUUUUUUUUAUGUUGCAUAGUCCAUUUAUCGAGAAAUGCUAUGAGCUACAUAAUAUCACGCAAUUACUGUUGUUGCUGUUGCAAAAACGGAAAAUAUUUUACUUUUGAGAGCUUUCUUUGCGUGCGCUACGUAAACGGUGAAAGUUACGCAAAUAUCAUGUAUUACGAAAUUGUUCCCUUUUAAAAAUUAUAAAAAUAGUCCUUGACAGCAUAAGUCUAUCUGAUAUCUUAUGCCGAAAAAUAGCAUAUGAAGGGAUGAAAAUGGGAAUUGAAGUUUGUGUAAAGGUCAUUAAAACCAUAGUAACGAUUGUGUGUGCUUUAUUUAAAAUUCAAUUUAUCAUUCUAAUUAGAUAUAUUUCAUGUCAUCUUAUUCCAAAUGCAUUAGUUAAGCUGUUUACGCAGGAUUAAAUAAUUUUUUGAUAAAUUCAAGUCGGUAUAAUCGUUGUCGCUUAUAUUAAAUGCAAUUUUAUGUUGGUUUAUUAUAUCAAAAUUUUUCACUAGAUGACGCUAGAUGACGAACACAACAGUCUUUAUUAUCCUUCCGAUAUUUAUUUAACAGAGUCCUUUUCAAUUUGUGGUUUUUUUUUAUAAUAAUAUAAUUUAAAUUAUGUUUACCAAAAAGGUGUAAAAUACUUGAAAUGAGCUGCCAAUGGUAUGAAACAGUUUUAUCUAAACUAACAAUUAAAAUUCAUAGUAUCAUAGUUAAAUACUAAGUACACGAAAAAAUACUGAGUGCACGAAACUAGAUUCGUUCGAUACUUACAAAUUGAAAAGAUGGCAGAAUAUCUAUAUUUUAUAUCUAAUUAAAUAUAAUCCUAUAUUUAACUAGCUGUAACGCGUUAGUUAUUGUAACAAGUAUCGCCAAAGAGAAUUUAAAUUUUACGUCAUAAAGAAACUUCUCAUUACAUACACGUCUAGUUUCUCUAUUUUCCAACAUA